UGCAGCCCUCUCCUCUUCCUUCCAACCCUUCUUCGUUUCAUCCCAAAAUCUUCUCUGAAUUCACUCUAACGACGGUAGCAACAAACGCUAGCCGAGCAACGUCCUCCCCUCCAACCUUCACCAGCGACGGAAGUGGCUCUAGCUUCUAGCCUUAAACAGAGUAAUAUGGCGUCUGUGUCGAUGGUAGCCUCCGAAACCAAACUGAGCUUGAAGCUUCUAGUAGAUACGAAAGGCCACAGAGUACUCUUUGCUGAAGCUGACAAAGAGUUUGUUGAUUUUCUGUUCAACUUACUGUCUCUGCCUAUUGGGUGGGUGAUAACAAUUCUGUCUAAACAAGGGAUGGAUGGUUCCCUUGGAAAACUUUAUGAUAGCGUUGAGGCUUUAGGUGAUACAUACAAGCAGGCAUCUCAGGUGGCCUUGGAUGCCCUAUUGAAGCCUACUGUAUACGCCUCAGCAACUACUGCUCUUCUGUUGCCAAACAUUCCGAUUAAAAAUUCGGCAAGGUUUUAUGGGUGUCCCAACUCCUACAAUGGUAGCUGUAGUUAUCAGGUGACGAAUGACCCCACUACGCGAUGUGCCAAUUGUUCAAACUGCUUGACCAAAGAACUGAAAUAUGUUGAUCCAAAAAAUAAGCAGUCUUCCUCUCCUGAGGAAGGUUAUGUGAAAGGUGUGGUAACAUAUAUGAUCAUGGAUGAUCUAGAGGUGAGACCCAUGUCUUCUAUUUCAAGUAUCACAAUGAUCAACAGGUUCAAUAUCAAAGACAUAGGGGUGCUUGAAGAGAAGGUGGUUGAUGUGGGCAUGGAUCAGGUAUGGCUCUACAAUUUUCAGAAUUCUUGAUACAUUUGACAGGUU